AUGGCUUCCUUGCAAGCAGGAUUAGAAAUCACCAACAAAGAAGGUGAGAAUAAUUUGCAGCGAGAAAAACAGAUUGUGGUGGAUCCUCGUUCAUUAAGAGAAUCUUCUACUAUUUUAACUAGCACCAUUUUGCACCCUCCACCGUUACACCCUCCAAAUCCUAGAUUCUUGAGCCUCAGUCUCCCCAAUUCGGCCUCCUCCUCGCCACGAUUCACCCCCCGGAAGAUCUCGAAAGGCGAAAGCAACGAAUCACAAGAACAAGAACAAGCUCAAUUAAGGAAGAGCAAGUCAUGUGAUGAAACAAGAUCACUAGCACCCUCAUCAUAUGAACUUGAUCAUCAUCAUUGGCUAACAAAACUGAGUGAAAUGGAAGAACAUCAUCAUAAUGAAACAUUCUCAGAAGUUGUUAAGAGAAGUCCCAAGAGUGUGAAGAAGAAACAAGUUACUGAUGAUGGUUUUAGAUGCAGUUCUCUAUGCUUGUACCUUCCAGGUUUUGGUGCUAAAUUAUUGAAGCCUUGUAAGGCAAGAAAAGAAGAAGAAGAUGGUUCAGAAUCAAAAUCACAAAGUGGUGCUAUGAAUAUGUCAAGAACAGUUUCAGUGCAGGAAUUUGAAUGUGGAUCUUGGGCUUCUGGAGUAGCAAAAGUCCCUGAGGUAAGAACACACUCUAGGAGUUCAUACUUUGAUCUACCAAUGGAAUUGAUCAAUGGCAAUGAUGUGAAUUCACCAUUUAGUGGUGCAUCAUCUUUUGCUUUUGAAAAAGAGCUCAAAGGGGUACUAAAAAAUGGUUCAUCUAGAGGAGGGAGUGGUAGGAAAUCAGAUGGGUCCCCUCGGCAUGUUCGGUUUUCACUGUCGCCAUCGCCGGAAUCAUCAUGCCCUGCCUCCCCAGCAUUCUGCAUCAGUCCUCGUUUGAGGAAAGCCAGAGAAGAUUUCAAUGCCUUCUUAGCUGCUGCACAAACUGCAUGA